CUUUCAUCGUCAGUUAACCGAGUCACGUGGUUACAGACCGGCACUGGGCGGAAGUAUUGAUAUCCCAGCAUUCCUGGUCUUUCCGGUCUUUCCGGUCCCGGCGCCAUAACGAGGGAGCAGACAUGGCGAUCAGGUAUCCUAUGGCAGUUGGCCUGCGCAAAGGUCAUCCCGUCACCAAGAAUGAGACUGGCCCAAGGCAGUGCCGUAGAAGAGGGCGCCUAACCAAGCACACCAAGUUUGUCAGAGAUCUGAUCCGUGAGGUCUGUGGUUUUGCUCCCUAUGAACGGCGUGCAAUGGAAUUGCUGAAGGUCUCUAAAGACAAGCGUGCACUCAAAUUCAUCAAAAAGAGAGUUGGCACUCAUAUCCGUGCAAAGAGGAAGAGAGAAGAACUCAGCAAUGUGCUGGCAGCAAUGAGAAAGGCAGCUGCGAAGAAAGAUUGAUCUGUACAAAGUUGCUACCAUUAAAGUUAUUUCAAAAUUA